AUGUCAUCGUACAACGUGGACUACCUUCUACAGGGUAAUAAACGGAGUGAUCAGUAUUCUGUGAACAGCGACUUUACUUUUCUGUCACAUACACUGGACAGAAGUACCGGGUCUCCGGAUUCUGUGAGAAGUGAAACAAGCUGUGACAGUCCAGACUCCAUAACAGACGUGUUAAAGUCUCUGCAACAUCAGGCAGCCAUUGUUACUGAGAUCAAGGCUGGCAUGGAAAAACCUGCACACUCGUAUAUUGCUCUCAUUUCUAUGGCCAUUCUCAGCUCGAAUGAGAAGAGGAUGGUUCUUGGAGAAAUUUAUGAGUUUAUAAUGAAAAGAUUUCCUUACUACAACAACAAACAGAAGGCCUGGAGAAAUAGCAUCCGCCACAACCUGUCCAUCAACGAGUGUUUCAUCAAGAACGGACGAGCAGAUAACGGCAAAGGCAACUAUUGGUCCAUCCAUCCUGCCUGUGUGGAAGAUUUUUCUAAAGGUGAUUUUCGACGCCGACAAGCGAGAAGACGCGCACGCAAAAGUGUAAAAAAUGUGAACAGGGACCAGUUUAAUGCUACAGAAUAUAACUGUAAUGCUGGUUAUGUGCCAAUGACGUCAUCAUUAUUGGGGUAUCAGCCUGUGACUCUUUCAACUGUUGGGUACCAGCCAAUGACAUCAUAUUCAAGAAAUCAAGUUUCUAUAAAUUCACCACCUUUCAGGAUUCAGCCUAUGACCCCACCACCGAUCAGCCACAAAGCAAUGACCUCUCCUUUCGAAUACCUGCCAAUGAGGUCAGAGGAGCUGAGUGCCUCUAAGUAUCAACCGCCAUCAUACAUGGGAAGCAACCUCUCUGCCUCUACCCUAGAUUUAAAGGAAAAUUUCUUCCAAAGUUUUCCUUCCGUUGUUCAACAUUCUUCAAAACUGGGAUACAUUUCUAUAUACUAA